AUGAGCUCAUUUAGAAAUCACCGUGUAAUCAUCGCGUCUCUUUUCCUUCCUAGUACUGCGGUCCUGGGCGAGUCUCAUCCGUCUACGCCGGAACUGGGAGCGACGAGGGCCCCACCUCCACCACCUAUGAGGCUGCCAGAAAACGUGCACAUGCCGCGACCUGGCCCUGUCCAUCGCCCGACUACUACGCCUGUGCUCAGUCUCGUGGAUGAUCUGAAGGAUAAGUCUAGAGUCGGGACUCCAGCUGCUACAGGCACGCCAGCCGGCGACUCUGCCCUCAAUCCUUUCACAAGAUUUUCUCAGCUCGCUACUCCGCCUGCCUCCUCCGCGUCAGAUUUUAUUCCGAACGAUCCUACCGCAUCGCCUAUAUCCCGGUCGAACCGCAUGAUGGACGACCACCAUACCCCCAUGCAGCCCAGGGUACAACGCAAAGGUUCUCGUGCGGCCGCCCACCGUCGCCCAGCUUCCGACUCGCCCAUGGGUCGCCAAUGGCACGUUGAGCCCAACCCUCACUGCAAUGGCGGUCUCCACAACGCCGUCAAGUCCGUCGAUGGGCGUCUCAAAAAGAAGCUCUGGGUCGGUACUCUUGGCACCAACACCGACAACUUCAAGGAUCAUUUGCGGAUGAACAUCAACAGGCGGAUGCAGGAAGAGCACGAUAGCUUGCCGAUUUGGAUCCCAGACCAGGAGUUCGAGCAGUAUUAUGAUAUGUUCUGCCAUCAGGUGCUUUGGCCGUGUUUGCACUAUGUCGUGCACGACGCGCCAAAGAGCAAGUACUUUUCGGAGUCGAGCAGCUUCAAGGAAUACGUCGCGGUGAACCAGAGGUUCGCAGAUGCGAUUGCGGCCAACUAUCAAGAGGGCGACAUCAUCUGGGUAAACGACUACCACCUCAUGCUCCUCCCAGACAUGAUCCGCCAAAAACUUCCCGGAGCUGCUAUCGGCUUCUUCAUGCACGUCGCUUUCCCGUCUUCGGAGAUUUUCCGCUGUCUCUCCGUCCGCGAGUCCCUCCUCAAGGGGAUGCUCUCUGCCGACCUCAUCGGCUUCCAAACGGCCAACUAUGCGCGGCACUUCAGGCAGACCGUGGCGCGAAUUCUGUCACUGGAGACGUUGCCGAAAGGCAUACAGAUGGAUGAGCACUUUGUGGACGUUGCUGUAUUCCCGAUGGGGAUCGAUGUGGCAACGCUGACCGAAAGGAAGAAGGAUCCAGAAGUCGCUCAUUGGGUGGCUACACUCAAGGAACGCUACUCCGGUAUGAAGUUGCUUGUCGGCCGUGACAAGCUGGACGAGAUCCAGGGCGUGCGCCACAAACUCCUCGCCUUCGAAGCCUUCUUGGACAAGAACGCAGACUUCCGAGGCAAAGUCGUCCUCUUACAAGUCGCACUCCAAACGACAGAGGAGAAUGAGCUCCUCGGCGGCGUUGGUGACGUCGUGGCCCGUAUCAACUCUCGAUUCAGCUCGCUCACGUACCAGCCUGUCAUCUUCUUGCACACGGGCGAUAUGAGCUUUGCUCAGUACCUUGCGCUAUUGACGAUCGCGGACGCGUUUAUAGUGACUAGUAUGAGGGAAGGUAUGGCGUUGAGGACGCACGAGUUCGUAGAGUGUCAGGAAGGGAGACACAGGCCACUUAUCUUGAGCGAGUUCACUGGCUCGUACAGCUACAGCGGGUUCCGCUCCUGUAUUGCCGUCAACCCUUGGGACACACGCAACACCGCGAAAGCGAUCCACCAGGCGUUCACCAUGGAUGAUGACGAAGCUUACUCCCGAUGGGAAGAUCUGCACAAUCACGUCGUUACGCAGACCGCUCAGGCCUUCGUAACUUCCUUCCUCACCCGCUGCCUCCGCACCAACAUCGAGCACUUCCAAGCCGAUAGCUUCACAAUCGAUCAUCUCGACCUUCAUCGCGUCCUGCCGAGAUACAAACACAGCGGCAGAAGACUGAUUCUGGUAGAUUUCGAGGAUACAUUGUGGGUGAGAGACCCGAAGGAGCGGACCUUUGCGUAUCCGGGCGAGGGUGAUGGACCAGGGGAGGAGAAGACGAUGGAGGAAAGGAGAGCUGAGAUUCCGACGGAGGCGGAUGAGGCGUUGAAAGUUGUGGAGAAGUUGGCGGAGGAUGGAAAGAACGAAGUGUGGUUGUUGAGUGGGCUGGCGAGGGGGGCCUUGGAGGUUAUUGCGCAGACGUGUCCGAAGGUCGGGCUUGUCGCUGAGAAUGGAUGCUUCAUCCGGGCGAGGCCUGGUAAAGAUGGCAAGUCGGAAUGGACUAACAUGGUCGCCAACUUCAAUCUGACCUGGAAGGGCUCUUGCCUCGAGAUUCUGAACUACUUCACUGAGCGUACGCCUGGCUCGUUCGUCGAGGAGCGUGAAGCUUCCAUCGUGUGGCGCUUCUGGUCUGGUCCAUCGGACAACUCCUCCGACAGGCAGUGGGCUAGGAGACAAGCCGCUGAGGCUCAGAACCAUAUCUUCGACAGUAUCGGCGAACGCUACGGUCUUCGUAUCAUCCCCGGAGAAAACUCCUUCCUCGUCCUUCCCAACUACAUUUCCCGCUCCACCGCCGUCGGCGCCAUCCUUCAUCCUGGUGGUCCCUCUCGCUCGCCCCUCGCUGCACGCGCAGCGUGGAUGACCCCCGACUCGCUCGAAACUGAUCAUGUUAGCGAUGCGGACUUCGUACUCGCCAUGGGGACGGAUGAGAAGUUAUUGAGGAGGCUUAACGAACUCGAUAAUGCGGAGACGGUGAGCGUGGGGACGAAGGGGACGGACGCGAAAUGGAGAUUGAAGAGAGAGGAUGCGUUGAGUGUGUUGAAGCAUUUUGCGGGCAUAGCCUGA